UCCUAAACCAUCGACAACAGUUUGUUGCUUAGCCUGACUCGUGACGGUACUUUGUACGCACGCAAAACGGCAUCCAAACCGAAUUCUCUCUCACAGUGUCUCUCUCAUACACAAAAUCACCAACAAUCAUCCACUCUCAAGUCUCAACCUCAUCUUGAAAAAAACUAUAACCAGACAAAAGUCUGGAAUUUUUCAAAGGAUACCCUUUAACGUGUUAUAUUCGUAGUACGAAGGACUCAAACGCACAUACAAAAACCGUUACAUACAUUCAAAGAAUUCAAAAUAUUUAGUAGUUUCACAAAAAAAAUAUAACAUAGAAGGACCUCACUUGGGAAUUGAGGUCCUUCGGGAAAGAAAAAACUAAAGCAAAAAAAAAAAAUGCAUUGUGUGUGAUUUUGUAAAAGGAAUAUCUUUCUUAUAUCCCAAAGGCAUACAAAAAGGGAUAACAAGGGCAUCCCUUGGUUUGGGGGAUCCUUCUUUGAGUGUUGAAGGAUAUUUUUCCUUUUUUUGUGUGCAGUGAAGACAGUGUGUUAACAUUCUUUCUUGUACUUGCUCCAAAUACCACAGAUAGUUUCGAGUGGUUUCGUGUUUAUUUUUUUGUGUGUUGGUCUAUUCCUUCGUACGUCCUUAAAGAAGAAGAUGACGGCAUUCAAAAUUGUAAUAUGAUAUAUAUAUACUUCGUCCUUGAGCGCGGGUAAUGAUAAUAUCUCUUUUCACUGUGCUUGUGUUCUGUGAUGUUAAGUGAAGUGAAACAGAAAAAAUUAAAAUUUUGAAGAUAAAAAAUAAAAUAUACAAGAAAAAUUGAAGAAAAAAAAAUAAAAUAGUAUCCUUUUGAAGGAUAAUAGUGAUAGUGUCCUUGACGACCAAAAAAAUAAAGAGAAAAAAGAAUUAAUUACUACUUGGAUUAAUUAACUGAAAUAAGCUGGUUGAAACAAACUACAAAUGGAUUUUUGUAAAUGAAUUGUCCUGUUUGUCUACAUUUCCUAGAAAACUUGACGUAACAAUAGAAGACUGGGGAUGAGAAAAUUACAUAGAAAUAAAUUCAGUCAAAAUGCAGAAACACGAAAAAAGGCGCGACCUGCGUCUAAAAAGAUUCUGGCGGUCGCCAAAAACUACAUCAUCAGAAGACUCGAACGGAUACGAGAGUCCAACCAGAGUUAAAACGUCAAUUGACCCACAACGUUUCAACCAUCAUUGUAAUCAUUUGCUACAACAGAAUAAACCAACAUGUUCGUUACCUUUGUUGCAGGUGUGGCCAAGUCAGGACUCACCUCGUGGAGAAGCAGACGGACAAAGCUUCAUAUUCCCAGUUAUCAACGAAACGUCAACAACAACAACGGCAGCUGUCACAACGACAGCUGCGGGUGGCUCCCACAGCAAUCGCACAACGCCACCCUCAAAUCGACGCAACUCUCUGUACUGUGAUACGCUCCAUGCAGCUGAUUCGGGAAUCGAUUCGGUGCAGGCAUCGCCCUCACCAAAUGCACUGCCCUGUCCACCCGGAGCCUCUACAACCGGCUCUGCCUCCCCCUCACCGGUAACAACGCCCACAUUAGGUUCCCCAAACCUAUCAAUCGGGCAUGUACGUCGGAAAUCCAGUGCAUUGUUACAUCCCGACCAUGCCAGAUUAUUUGCCCUGCGUAUGAAUCAGCAUCAUGCGGCGCAAACGUCACCCGACGCAACGUCACUUGAAGACGCUGCCGAAUUCCAAAAUGUCACUGUGACAACCGCGAUACACAUGUGUACGGCGAGUUCGAGUACGACAUCGUCGCUAACCUCGGUGGCGGCGGUAAGUCUUGGCGGUACUCCAUCGGCGGCCUCGCAACGCGUCUCCGAUCCCUGGCUGCAACCUCAAUCAGAUCGUGAACGCGAUCGCAGGCGAUCGUCGACCAUGACCGCGCGGUAUUCCCUAUUCGAUGCCUUGGAUCUUGAAUAUGCCUUGUUGAGGGCGGCGGCCCGUGGUUCUGUCGGACCGUAUUCGCUAAGUGAAUCAAUACACAAACUGACAUUCACGCAAUCGCUAGCAUUUCCGGCGUUAGCACGCGGUUUAGCUACAAAACGACGUCGUUCGGCGACGCAAAGUUCGUCGCGUCCUUUGAAUCCAAAUGAAUCGGGUCUAAAUACCUUUGCGAAAGUUAUAACGGCCAUUGUUUUGGUUGUGGUUAGUUUUUUGGUGUUUCUGAUUGUGUACAAAUUUGUACGGACGUGAGGGUUACUCCUGGCCCCGACAGAUUUUCCGGUAGCGUUUACAAAUACAUAUCCAGUUGUGAAUGCCACAACGAAACAAUUGUCGGGGUUCAGGAGAGUGUUGGGUCAAAGAGAAAAUGGGUAGCAGCAACAAAAUGUGAAAUUUAAAAUGAAAUAUAAAAAUAUUUAUAUAAUUGAUUAAUGAACUCUUUUUAAUUUCCUGUGUUGUUUG